UUUCUCCUCUUCUCCCUUCUUCCUUCCGUCGUGCGGUUAGUUUGUGCUACUACCGAGUCGGGCUUCUUAGUUUGAGCGCCCGUUAUCAUUCAUCAUGCGUUUCAACGCAGCUGUUGCUUCCGCUUUGGUUUCUUCGGCCACUCUCAUGGGCUAUGCUCAUGCUGAGGAGGCCGAGAAGAACCCCGAUGCUACCUCUGUCGUAGAGAAGCCAACUUUCACCCCUACCACCCUCAAAGCUCCUUUCCUCGAGCAAUUCACCGAUGACUGGGAAUCUCGGUGGACACCAUCUCACGCGAAGAAGGAUGACUCCCAAACGGAAGAGGACUGGGCCUACGUCGGUGAAUGGUCCGUUGAGGAACCCACGGUCUUCAAGGGCAUCGACGGAGACAAGGGUCUCGUUGUGAAGAACCCUGCCGCUCACCAUGCCAUCUCGGCGAAAUUCCCCAAGAAGAUUGACAACAAGGGGAAGACCUUGGUUGUCCAGUAUGAGGUCAAGCCUCAGAACUCCCUCGUUUGCGGUGGUGCCUACCUUAAGCUUCUACAGGAGAACAAGAAGCUCCACGCCGAGGAGUUCUCCAACGCCACCCCCUAUGUUAUCAUGUUCGGUCCCGACAAGUGCGGUGCUACCAACAAGGUCCACUUUAUCUUCCGCCACAAGAACCCCAAGACUGGUGAGUACGAGGAGAAGCACCUCAAGGCUCCUCCUGCUGCUCGCACCAACAAGGUCACUUCCUUGUACACCUUGAUUGUUCGUCCCGACCAGUCUUUCCAGAUCCUCAUUGAUGGCGAGGCUGUCAAGAACGGCACCUUGCUUGAGGACUUCAACCCUCCUGUCAACCCCGAGAAGGAGAUCGAUGACCCCAAGGAUAAGAAGCCCGCCGAUUGGGUUGACGAUGUCAAGAUCCCCGACCCUGAGGCCACCAAGCCUGAGGACUGGGAUGAGGAGGCCCCCUACGAGAUUGUUGACGAGGAAGCCACCAAGCCCGAGGACUGGCUUGAGGAGGAAUCCACCAGCAUCCCCGACCCCGAGGCCGAGAAGCCUGAGGACUGGGACGAUGAAGAGGAUGGCGAUUGGAUUCCCCCACUGUUCCCAACCCCAAGGCAAGUGGACUGCUCCUAUGAUCGACAACCCCGCCUACAAGGCCCCUGGGCUCCCCGCAAGAUCGCCAACCCGGCUUACUUCGAAGAUAAGACCCCCUCCAACUUCGAGCCUAUGGGCGCUAUUGGCUUUGAAAUCUGGACUAUGCAGAACGACAUCCUGUUCGACAACAUCUACAUUGGUCACUCCGCCGAGGAUGCUGAGAAGCUCCGCAAGGAGACCUUCGAUGUCAAGCACCCUGUUGAAGUUGCCGAGGAGGAGGCUUCCAAGCCCAAGAAGGAGGAGACUGCCCCUGCCACUAGUGUUAGCUUCAAGGAAGACCCCGUCACUUUCGUCCGUGAGAAGGUCGACCACUUUGUUGGACUUGCCAAGGAGGACCCUGUGAACGCUGUUAAGCAAGCUCCUGAGGUCGCCGGUACUUUGGGAGCCCUGCUUCUCUCGAUGGUCCUCAUCAUCGUGGGUGCCAUCAAGGCCAGCAGCCCCGCCCCCGCCCCUGUCAAGAAGGGUAAGGAGGCCGCAGGUGCUGCCAAGGAGAAGGCUAGCGAGGCUGUCAGCAGCUCUGCGGACACGGCCAAGGGCGGCGCCAGCAAGCGUACCACCCGUUCUUCUGCUCAGUAAAUUUGUGAUAUGAUACCCGUGAGAAAGUGAGGACGAGCGUAGGAAGAAGCAAAUAAAGUUAAACCCAGACAUUUUCAAUUUUGACAUCAUACCCGACGUGCAUUGCACGUUCAACCAACAGUCUUCUGUGGUAAACGUUGAGGGAAUCAUACCACUUUUGAUGAGAUAUGAGAGCAUGCAGAGAGGGGGAACUGUUUCUGCUGGAGCUUGUAGAGUAGCCUUGUUCCUUACUUUGAAAACCGUUACGGCUACCCUCAAAAUAUCCGCUGUAUUAUUGUCUUGUGAAUUAGGAAUGCAUGGCCCUUUUCGCCGGAUC